ACCUUUCUUACAUUUAAACAACCAAAUCAAGGAACAAUAAUGGCUUCAAACAAACCGGUUAAUCGCCCAUCCGUGAGGCACCCCAGUCACAACCAUCCGCUUCGCAUCUUUAAAGCUCGAAGCAAAGAUGAGGUUGUUUGCUCUGGAUGCGAGCUCGAACUAACGGGACAAGCUUUCAAGUGUAUGAAGUCAGACUGCGAUUUCUUCUUGCACAAGUCAUGUUUUGAUCUACCUCGUGAAACCAGCCACAAGUCUCACCCAGACCACUCUUUAACCCUGCUUCAUUCCCCACCGUAUGGUCAGUCAUACACAUGCAACGCAUGCGAUGAGUACGGAUCCGGAUUCACUUACAACUGUUCUGAAUGUCAAUACGAUGUUCAUGUUGGUUGUGCGUUUAUCCCUGAGACCGUGGAGCGUGAAGAUCACGAGCACCCACUCACUCUUCUCUACAACACACCAUGCAAAGGUCGUGAGGAUGGUGCGAUGUUCAUAUGUGAUGUUUGUGAAGAAGAUAUGUCAGAGAAUCUUUGGGUUUAUUACUGUCAAGAAUGUGAUUAUGGGACGCAUGUACAUUCUUGCGCGGUUUAUGAAGAUCAUGAGCCAAAUAAAAAAGGAGGAGAAGGAAAAGGAGAAGGGAGCUCUGCGGUUUCAAGGAUGAAGGAGUUAAUGAAGGCUCAAGAUGAAAUGGCGGCGUUGCAGCUCGAGGCACGUAUCAGGAACGAUACUAAUAAUGCUAUACUCGAUUUAUGGGAUAGUCCAAAACGGAGAUAUUAUUGAUGAUGAUCAAGUCAACAAAUGAUAAAAUUUGAUACAAUGAAAAAGCUUGUGGUUUGUCUUUCCUUUUGCAAAUUUCGUUUCCUCGAGUGACUAUGUGAGUUAUUGUAAAGUUUGUUUGUUAUUUCAUGUAAUUUUAUCUUUAAUUGUUAUGCAAAAAAACCACCCACCAACAUUUCACUUUAUUAAAAAAAAAAAUAUUGUAAUACAAAAUAUAUAGCAGAACAACAAGCUGAUUGAUUAAACAUUUA